UCCGUCCACCUCCUUCCUCCGUCGCCGUUGUGUGCACCCGUGGGCUGUGACGUCCGAGGGCGGGUCGCGGAGGGAGAUACCGGGGCCGAGAGGGGCCAAGCCCCUCAGUCGCUACGGAGGCGGGGAACAAGGGGCAAAGAUGGUUUACAUCUCGAAUGGACAAGUGUUGGACAGCCGGAGUCAGUCCCCAUGGAGAUUAUCUUUGAUAACAGAUUUCUUUUGGGGAAUAGCUGAGUUCGUGGUUUUGUUUUUCAAGACUCUGCUUCAGCAAGAUGUGAAAAAGAGAAGAGGCUACGGAAACUCCUCUGAUUCCAGAUAUGAUGAUGGAAGAGGGCCACCAGGAAACCCUCCCAGAAGAAUGGGUCGAAUUAAUCAUCUGCGUGGCCCUAGUCCUCCUCCAAUGGCUGGUGGAUGAGGAAGGUAAAUGUCUGCUCUAAGAAGCAGACAACUGGACAUGCACAUCCAUAGCAGAAGGAAACCAUCAAGAGGUAGAGGACUGACCGUGCUGGACAAGCAAAUGAAUGUGUAUGUCUAAACGAGAAUUGCUCUGUGUCCUCACAGACAGAUGAGGUCGUGCUGGGAAUUCCCUCCCCAGGGAUCUGGCAUGACUGACAUGCAGUUCUAUAAAUGCACAUGUUUGUCUCAUUCUUUUUUGUAUAGUUUAUGAAAGUAUUAAUAUAGUUUUAAUAAGUAAAUAUUUUUAGGUUACAAAACUUGAUUUGUCAUCUUUGUAUAAUUAAAAAACUCCAAAUUUGAAGAAAAAUAAAAGGUUGUGUAUUCAGUACAA